GUCCAUCCUGCAUGCGGCGCUCACUGCUGCCGGGCCAUGGGCAUAGGCCGCGUGUGACUGCUUUUUGGAUGCCCGGAGGCACGGGUGUGCUCUCUUGAGAUGGCCCUCUGGAUAUUUCUGCCCCGCCCAGAAUAGCGAGCAGACCAGGCCUGAAAAUUUUAAAGAGAGCCCCGAAACCAGUGGCCUGGCGCUAUGGGCGCUAUGCUCCCAAAACUGCAAAAGCGGCAGAAUCCGCUGUUUUUCCUGCGGUGGUGGAACAGCCCGAUAUAAGCUGGUGUACGGGUGCGGCGGCCCCCGGCCGCGGUGCUGGGUGAAAAAAAAGACAUGUCUGAACCCUCGGCUUUUUCUUUUUUUACCCACACCAGACAACAUGACCAGAACCUCCGUUCUCGCUGACGCCCUUAACGCUAUCAACAACGCCGAGAAGACCGGCAAGAGACAGGUCUUGAUCAGACCCUCUUCCAAGGUCAUCAUCAAGUUCUUGCAGGUCAUGCAAAAGCACGGCUACAUUGGUGAGUUCGAGUACGUCGACGACCACAGAUCCGGAAAGAUCGUGGUGCAAUUGACCGGUAGAUUGAACAAGUGUGGUGUCAUUUCCCCAAGAUUCAACGUCAAGAUCGGCGACAUCGAGAGAUGGACCGACAACUUGUUGCCUGCCAGACAAUUCGGUUACGUCAUCUUGACCACCUCUGCUGGUAUCAUGGACCACGAGGAGGCCAGAAGAAAGCACGUUUCCGGUAAGAUCUUGGGUUUCGUCUACUAGGCGUGUUUCUGUAUAGAGGAAGAACAUAGUAACAGAGCAAUACAGUGCGAUAAUAACAGUGCGAUAAUAACAGUGCGACAGUAGCAGUGCAAUGGCGUAGUUGUAGCAGAGCUUCUCGGUCAUUUUGCGGCAGUGAUGUAGAUUGCAGCAGUAGAGCAAUCAAGCGCAGUAUCUACAGUCAUAUAAUGCAAUAGUAGUGCCAUACAGUGCAUUUUGAGCAGUGCUAUACAACGCGAUAUUAACAGUUCGACAGGGCAAU